AUGACGCGAAAGAACCAUGCGUUGGUGACGUGCCCAGUGGUCCUGGCCUUGGCGAUCGAUCGCACCAACCCGUCGGUGAUUUCCUACUUGGUUGGGGACAUGGUCGUCGACUGCGUCGGGAGCUACGCCCACGAAGUCGCGAUCGAGUCCCCCGUGUCGUUUGUGUUCUUUCCCAUGGUCGUGCACGAUUUCGACAUUGUCGUGUCCUCCAUCGGCAUCUUGUGCGUGACAGAGCCCGGACCAACCGAGUCGGACCCGAUGACCACGCUCCAACGCGGGUACUCGAUCACAUUCCUUUUGGUGCUGGCAGGGUUCGGCCUGUCCACGCGGUGGCUUCUCUUCUCGUCCGCCGCGCCCGGCGCGUGGUUGCACUUUUUCCUCUGCGUCAUCGUGGGCAUGGCAUCGUGGGCAUGGUUACCGCCUACGUUUUUGUCAAGUCGGCGCAGUACUACACCGACUAUGCAUGCCCCGCCCAAUUGCCUGAACAGCGCCACGACCGACGAGCCACACCCGACCAUGAUCAUGGGGAUUUCUGUGGCACUCAUGACUGGCGUGAACGCGGCAUGCAGCAUAACGUGUAUAAUGCUCUCGCCCGCCACGAACAAUGUCAAGGACGUCGGAAAACGUGCCGCUGCGGAAGCAGCUGAGCAGCGCUCACCUCCACCAAGGUCUGCCUUCAGUGUAAAUUGA